AAACACACAAACACACACAGACUCUCAUCACAACACACCUGAGCGAUCACCUUCACCUGUUUACCGUGACGACAGCUUUGGAAAUAUGGGAAACUUCUUGACUCUUUUCUCUCGUCUUUUCGUGUUUGAGAAAAAGGAGAUGAGAUUGCUUAUGGUUGGUCUGGAUGCAGCUGGAAAGACCACAGUCCUCUACAAACUCAAACUGGGGGAAGUCGUCACAACAAUUCCAACUCUUGGUUUUAAUGUUGAGACAGUGGAGUAUAAAAACGUCUCUUUCACUGUUUGGGAUGUCGGUGGUCAGGACGUUAUCAGACGUCUCUGGAGACACUACUAUCACAACACCAAGGGUCUGAUUUUUGUGGUGGACAGCAGUGACCGUGAAAGGAUUGAAACAGCUGCAGAAGAACUCAGUAUGAUGCUGCAGGAGGAUGAGAUGAGAGAUGCAGUUGUGUUAGUUCUUGCUAAUAAGCAGGAUUUACCCAAAGCCAUGCCAGUCCAUGAGCUGACAGAGAGACUGGGUUUACACGCACUCAAAUCAAGACAGUGGUAUGUUCAGGCGACGUGUGCGGUUCAAGGGUCAGGUUUAUAUGAAGGACUGGAUUGGAUCUGUGAUCAGCUGUCCAAACGAUAAAAAACACUUUGCUCUUUUGGUCUGAAGUGCACUUGAAGAAAACUCACAAACAUAAUUUGUAUAUAUAUACAUGUACAUACAUGUACAGUCUCCAACUGUAUUUUUAUUGUGAGAUAUUUAAGAUCUUUUUUUUUUUUGAUCAUACUGUAUAAUGUUUAUUUUUAUUAAUCUUUUCACAAUUUUUGGCCUAUUUUAGGUCUUAUUCUGUGGUAUGAGAAUGUCAAAUGAAAAAGCUGAUGUUUGCCUGAAAUAUGUAUCUGUGCCUUUCAAAUAGCUCUAAUAAAUUUUGUAUU